UGCGCUUGUUACUGCUAUUCAUACACCAAUACUGUUUUACAUCAGAUGGGUUUUUUCUUCAUCAAGCUGGUUAUAAUGUCCCAAUCUUUCCAGGCUCUUCAGCUAAAGAGGACCCAGAAUCAGAAAACAUACCUCCUAGUUCAAUCCAUUCACAAAAUAAAUCUGUAGGGGAGAUAAAUGAAGUAGCAAGUCAAACCCAAUCACAUCUGAAUAUCACUGCAGCAGCAGAUCAGAGAUGUCAAGUCAGUGCUCCAACUAUAAGCAACACAAAUGUACAAGGAAACAUAAUCAUAAAUCAAAACUCCUUUUUAGUAACAGUGGUGGUGCCUAAUUCUGAUAAUCAACUUUUAUCUGAGUGUCACUCAAAAAGUUUAAAAGAUGAAGUGGAUGAACAGAAUCAGAUUAUUCCUCACAAGACUAAAGAGAUCCUUCAGAAAUCGGAAAACUCCCAGAUUUUACAUUAUCGGUCAAGGUCAAGGUGCCUGACCUAUGGAGAUAGUGUGGCGGACCAACCUACAUUAACUCUUGCAGAGGUGAAAAAGAACACAAAUCACUUGAGAGAGAUUACUACAACUGGGAAGAUCUUAGAGACGCGACCACCAAUCAACAUUCAGCAGUGUGAAGAAGAGAUGAAGUGGUCUCACUACGCCUUGUAUGAUAAUACAGCAACAGUUCACCUGAGUUUGGCAGAUACUUUUAAAGUAAACCUCGGUCAGUGGUAUAGAUUUAAAAGUGUUUCUAUUUGUGACUUUGGUGAGGGAAAUGUGCUCUGUUCAACUGGGCUCACAAAACUCGAGUCAUUUACUCCUUUGAGAGACAAUAUACAGGACCCCAAAGAGACGGUUAUAUCAGGCGGGGUCACUGAGGCACUUGUGACCUUUGAAUAUUUUUGUUCGUGUGGAGCUUUAGUCACUCUGUCAGACACCAAAUUGUUUCGAAUCAAAUGCGGCGAGUGCAAAAAGAGCUGCAGAUGUGCAAAUGUUCGAAACAAGGCCAAGGCUGAAGUCACCAUAAAACAGACCAAUGGAGCUGACCAGAGAGUUGUGUUAACUGAUGAACUACUGCACUCCAUUGUCAACUUUAAGAAAGAGGGAUUCUGUGGCAAUCAUCAGCUGGAGGAUAAACUGCUAAGAGCUGAGAAAAUGACUGUGAUCUGUGUGGAUGGUGAACCGCAGCGUGUACAAAUUGAAGUGGUGGAUAAAGCCAAAGACAGUUGGUAUGUGACUGGGUGUAAAAGUGUAAAACGUGUAUGUUUACUCUUAUAAAGCUUUGUCUUACCUCAAAUCCAUCAUGGACCUUCCAGCAGCUCUGUAGAUGAUUCAUGGGACACCACUCUCAUUGUGCUUAUCAUUUAAAGGGUUGGUGGAGUUCUAUACGUCCAUCAUUGAAUUUAUAUUCAUCUGCUUUAUCACCAUAUGUUUUGCUGCUGCCAUUGCCAAGAACAAAGGCAGACUGCAAUGUGUCAUAAAUUUCACUUAGCUGAGAAGAGGAGCACACUGGCCAAACUGCCAAAAAGCACCUUGUGACCGCAAUCUGAACGUCAUUUCUUCUAUGAUAUUUGAAUAUUUUUUGUAAACAUUUUUUUUAUUGUACUGUAGUUGUUAAGCAUAAUGUUACAUUGUUGCCAUCUAGGGAUUGGGGCAGGUAUAACAAUAACAAACCGCAAAUAAAAGGGAGAAAUUAAAGGGUGCAAUUUACAGCCCCAGAAAUCAGUCACAUAACAACUUAAAAUACAGUCAAUUUAGCAUACCUUAAACAAAUUACUUACACAUGUAAACCCAUGGUAUUGGCAGUAAAAUUAUUCUCUUUCUGAUAUAAAAUGUUUUUUAUAUCAGAACUUUUUUAGUAAAUUAAAAGAAAAAAUGAAUUUGAUAAAAUAUACACAAUAUUUUAUAGGUGCAAAUCACACCCCAUAACACUUAGAAGACUACAGUAAGACUGUUGGCUCCUAUAGUAGAACUACUUCAAUAUGCAACCAAAAAAAAAGCAUUUAAAUCCAUUUUUUUGCAAUAUAAAUCAAAAUAAAAUGUAUUAAAUAACGUUGUCUGUUGGCAAAGUUGGUGGCAUCAAAGUUGCAUACUGCCAGUGCAUGUCCAUGCACAGUUACUUUGAGAUUAUGCUAGUUCAAUUGUUUAUCUCCCAUGUAAUUCAUCUAUUUCCUGUACUAUACUUCUUCAUUAUUAUUCACUCACCACAAUGUGGAAAAUCUAUACGUGAAAACCCAGCUUAAGUCUUUUUUUGUGAUUUACUGUCAAUCGUCCUACAUAAUGUAAAUAACAUUCUGUGAAAAUAUAACCUUAUUAUCUUUAAUACUUACUAAGAUCAUGUCAAAGAUUAAUGAGUGAAUGUCAAUGGGUGAAAUCAAACUUGGAUGCUCCUAAUCUCAUCACUUGAUUACAGGACUUUAGACUGGAUUUCACCCAAAUAUUACCCAAAUGUAUAUUUGUUCUGCACAUUUCUAUAAAAAAAUUGGUGGGUUCUCAGAUAAAUUAUACCUACCUUAGUGUAAGGAAAGAGUUUGGGAACCACUGCUGUAUAGAGGGUCGCAGGGAUCACGUAUUUUCGUACUGUAGGCUAACCCAGAAGUUAGCAGGACACUGGUUCCCUCACCAAAAAGCACAUUCAUUUUUCCCAUUGACUUUUUUUAUUUUGACACUUACACAUUUUGUCUAACAAGUUAAUAUUCACAGAUGAACACAACAAUGAAUUUUAAAGUCAAAAUGUGGCUUUUUAUAUUUUUAGUAAACACAUUUACACUUCAAAAUUCAUUACAUUUGUUUUUAUCUGUGAAGAUUAACUUGUUGGACGACAACUUGAAAGAGUCUUUUACUUUUGUUGAACACAUCUUAUUUUUUGCGACAAUCCA